AUGCCCACAAGCUCAGGAUAGACUUCUCAGGAAAGCAAUACAGGCGUUCUUUAUGAAUGCUUGGUUGAAAGAAGACACUUAUUCUUGAAUCGAAAAUAUUAUCUUCAAUUAACAACCCAAUGCCUAACCCUAUGCGAAGUAAAUAGUAGUUUUGAUAAAUCUAAUAGAAACCAAACCAGUAGAAUCCAAAAUAUAUCUAUUAAUUAAAAAUUGAGAAAGUAUUCUCUUGGUCUGUUCUUAACAAUAAAAUUGUUGGGUUUUAGCUUCCCUAUUAAGAUAAAAUCAAGGACUUCUUUGGUAAUCCUAAUGACAUGGUGAACCUCAAGGCAAAGAUGGGUGCGUUGGUGUGUUACUAAAAGAUAGAUAUGUUUUAUAAGAAGGAGGAAAUCCUUUAAGCUGGUUCUUUUGGAAAAGUAUUUUAAACCAAUUAAUAUUGUUAGGUCACUAAAGAAACCUGCAGGUUCACCUCCAAUCUCGUGGCAAUAAAGAGCAUCAAGUGUGAGAACAACCACAGCCCAACCAUAAAGAACGAAAUCGAGAUACUCAAAAGGUUGAAACAAGGAAAUGCCUUAAACAUCCUUGAAAUCAAAGAAGUUUACAAGGAUGAACUCAAUUACUAUAUCGUGACAGAGUAUCUCCCUGGAUCCAAUCUAAAGUAGCAUCUUGAACGCAGAACCAAACCCUACCCGAUACAAGAGGCUCUACAAAUAAUGGAAGUAAUAUUUUUUAAUUUAAUUUAGUCGCUUUUAAAAGGAUUGCAAUGUAUUCAUCAGAAUGGGAUCAUUCAUCGAGACCUAAAGCCUGCAAAUCUGAUGUAUCACAACAAUUAAAUCAAAAUAAUUGACUUCGGCUUAGCCUGUUUCAAUGGAAAGCAACUUGAAUAACACCCAUCAUGUGGCACUACUGGCUAUUCCGCCCCUGAAGUACUCAAUGUUUGGAACAAGAAACAAGCCUAUGAUUAUAAAGUGGAUUUGUUCAGUGUAGGAUGCAUAUUCUACAAACUAUUGACGUUGGAUGGGCUGUUUCGAAGCAAUAAUGAAAAAGAGACCUUCAGAAAUAAUAAAACAUGUUAAUUCACAAUUAAGGAGAAAGGAUCAGUUUUCGAUUUAGUGUAACUCCUUGUGAAGGCGGAACCUCAAUAGAGACUGGAUAGUUCACAAGCUAUGGAAGCAAUUUAAGCAUUGCUUGAUUAUAAAUAUUUUGAUGUGAACACAUGGUAUAAUCACAAAUAAAAAUAAUAUGGGAGAUCCUAGUGUGAAUUCAAUUAGGAACCAUAAACUAAAUUAUCAAGACAAUGUAGUUUGACUAGUUUAAAAUAACAUGAACCCUAAACUGAAAGACAAAGAAACAAAUCAAAAAAGAUAGAGUAAAAUUGA